AUGAUCGCAUUCAUGUACGCCACGAGCAUACCAUUCACUCAUUUGUUUCUGUUCUUGUUUCUGCUUGUAUCGAAUGCCUCGAGCCUGGGAAUCGACUUCACAGUCCCUGCUGGAGGAGCGACAUGGCCGGCUGGCCCUAUUACUGUAAAAUGGCAGGAUGCGGGAGGAUACCCUGACGAGAGCGAUCUGGUGGCAUAUACGUUGGAGUUGGUGGUGGGAGGGAAUUCGCUAAGCAAUUCGGAAGUGAUACAAACGAUUGGGAAACCCAAUGGCACGGUUACCGAUGGAUCAGUCCAGGACGAGAUCGCUGCGGAUAUAUCGCAAAGCAUACAAAAUGGGUUCUACCUCAAGAUGACUUCGAACACCACGACGGGAGAUCAGGUCAUCAACUACUCGCAGAGGUUCACGUUGAUCAACAUGAAUGGCACUACGGAGUCGACAUAUCUAGAGGGUGCCAAUGAAGCUUCUGGCGAUUUUUCAAACGUACCCGAAGCACAGUACAACGUCGUCCAGUCGCCUGUGUCCACGAUUACCCCAUCUGCAACAUCGGCGUCGACGCCCACAGUAACAGCGACAGCGCCUCCAAUAGUACCCGCGGGCCAAAGCGAAGACGACCGCCCCGGCAUGUCGAAUGGAGAAAUGGCGGGACUAGUCACAGGCGGAGUACUUGCACUUAUCGGCUUCGUCUCCCUCUUCAUAUGGAUCGCAUUCUUCUGGCGGCGGAUGAGACGAACGCAGGACGAACGCAGGCACGAUCAAGAGGCAGAGGAAGCGAUUGUACACAAACACAUAACGCCAACAUUUAUCGGCCACAAAGCCGAGUUGGCCGCACAUCGAACCUCCGGUCUGCAUUCCACACAGACACGGGAGCUCAGCCCGCAAACUGAGCGCUUCGAGAUGAAUGGUCUGGACAAGAUCGCGGAGGUACCGGCUUCAUCCAUUGUUCAUGAACUCGAGGGUAAUUGGACAGGGUGGGAGGCCAGCUCUGGGCGGAAGAGUAAAGCGUACGAUCCGACGCUGUAG